GAAACGGAUAUUGCAAACAAUUUCUGUUUGUUAAGAUGAAACAUCCUUCAAUGUCCUUACGCGUCAUCCUCAUUCUUACAUGGAUGUUUCUCUUCUUCUCCCAAUCUUUCUUCCUUAAUCUAUUUUUUUUCCCCUCUAGAUCUAUCUCUAUCCAAAAUCUCCCGAAAAUUCUCCCAAAACCUAUCUAACUCUCAAUCUGAUCUCUAUUGUUCGUUUGUUUCCUUACUCACAUUCUUGGAUCUGCUGAAGAAGCAACAAGGAGCUUCGUUCACAAGCCUUUGAGAGAAGUCCGGUACUUGGUUGAUAUGUAAAACCGAAUUACGCGAGAAAUUUGUUAUCUUUUGUGUGUAAAAUUUGAGAAACGAUCAUGUCGUUUAGAUCACAUUCGACGGGGAGUAGUCAAUUCGCAGAGAAGAUAACAGAGGAUCCUGUAACGUAUAAGACAGCACAAAGCACCGUGACGUGCAUCUACCAAGCACAUAUAUCUGGAUUUUGGAGGAAUGUGACGGUAUUGUGGUCCAAGAAUCUCAUGAACCAUUCGCUUAUGGUCAUGGUGACUAGCGUGGAAGGUGAUAUGAAUUACUGUUGCAAGGUUGAUCUCAAGCCUUGGCAUUUUUGGAACAAGAAAGGCUAUAAGUCGUUCGAGGUGGAAGGGAACCCGGUAGAGGUGUAUUGGGAUUUUAGAUCUGCGAAAUUCGUGAGUAGCCCCGAGCCGAGUUCGGAUUUCUACGUGGCUUUAGUCUCGGAGGAAGAGGUGGUUUUGUUGGUGGGUGAUUACAAGAAGAAGGCUUUCAAGAGAACAAAUUCGAGGCCCGCUUUGGUAGAGGCUGCUUUGUUCUACAAGAAAGAAAACGUGUUUAGCAAGAAGUGUUUUACGACCAGGGCUAAGUUUUACGACAAGAAAAAAGAGCACGAGAUCAUUGUGGAAAGCUUGACCUCGGGUCCUAAAGAGCCAGAGAUGUGGAUAAGCAUAGACGGGAUUGUGUUGGUACAAGUAAAAAAUCUGCAAUGGAAAUUUAGAGGGAAUCAGACCGUGCUGGUCGAUAAACAACCGGUUCAAGUGUUUUGGGAUGUGUCUGAUUGGUUAUUCAGCACGCCAGGGACAGGCCACGGUAUGUUUAUAUUUAAACCAGGGAACGGUGAAGAUAGCGACAUGGAAGGGAGUGUUCACGGUGGUGGUGAGAGCGAUACAAGUACAGCUGGGAGCAGGUAUUAUUCGACCAAAAGUAGUAACCCUUGGCCGCCCGAGUUUUGCCUUUUUCUUCAUGCUUGGAAACUGGAGUAGUAUUAUUGGAAACUGGAGUAGUAUUAUAUUGGAAACAAGAAGCUUUUGCCUGUUCACUUAUUGUUGUUUCAUGUGGUUGUAAAUUAUAUCUUUCCUCAUAUGUUUUUAAUAUACGAUGACAAACAACAGUCAUGAAAAAUGUUAUGCCGUACGUAGAAGAGAUAUUUGUAAUGCUAUAAUUGCAC